AUGGACCUUCCUUCUAUUCCAAUUUAAAAAAUUUAAUCAUAAUUAGGAGUUGAUAAUUUGGUAUCAUAAUAACAUAUUUUCAAUCCAAAUACUUAGAAUCAAGAAAGUGCAAAACAACCUAAGCGAAACUUCAAUUUAAAAGUGGGGGAUAUUGUGUAUUUCAAGUCUUAUUUGACCGACGACUUUAAGGGAGUAAUAUCUGGCGAUGGAAUUGCGAGCAAUAAGUUGGAGUGUAUUUAGAUUUUGGGCAAAAAUCAAUAAUUGACCGAUCAAUCCAAAAAAAGCUUACAAUAGAAGGUUGGCAGUUUGACUUUUCAGAAAAGCUUAUUUUAGGUAAUUACAGGCAAAAAAUAUCAAUAUUAAAACUUUCUAGUUCAAGAACGUUCAAAAUCAAUUGAUGACAUUAGAGAAUAAGCAAUAAGUGAGGAAAUCGAUUUAGAAUAAUGUCAAUUAGAUUAUGAAAGAAGAUUGAAAGAACUUGAAGAUAAGGCAAACGAAGAAAUUAUAGAAAACAAACGUUUUUAUGAUCUUGCUUAUGGAUCCAAUAUUGUCUACGGAUAAGAAAUAUAACUUAAACAUAUCUAUUCUUCAUGCAUUCUGUCUUUUAAUUGCGCUAUAUUGGCCAAAGAAAAUUGCUGUAGAGAAUUAUCUUUGGAGGAAAUUGCAAAUGCAAAUUCAAAUUUUCGAAUUUUAUCGAUGAAUCAAGUCAAAAAUCCUGGAGAACCUAUUUUAUAUGGAGACUAAAUAAUAAUCCAAAAUUCAAGUUCGAAUAAAUGGUACCUGAAUAUUUAGAAACAAACGCAAAAAUAUGAUAAAAAGGAUGGGUUAGAAGUUAACUGUUCAUAAGUUGGAUUUCCUAUUAAGAUUGCAAGUUAUAUUGAUAAUAAAACUGAAUAAGAUUUGAAAUAAUAAUCUCUAAAAUAGAAAUCACUUAUGAGCGGAGAUGUAGUAAAAAUUAAAAAUAGAUAUCUGGGUGGUUAUCUCUCAAUUAAAAGAUAACUUAGAAUAACUGAAGGACUAGAUAAAAAAGAAGUAUUUAUUAAAAAUUAUGAUACCAAUAUCUCAUAUUCAAAAGAUUAAUUUUAUUUUAAUGUAGAAUUAGUUAGAAGUGAAAAAAUAGAAUACAUGUAUUAAUUAUGCGUUGAUUCAUCAGAUGAUGCAGAAGACAAUUUAAAUAAUUUAUGGCAAAUUUAACAUGUUGAUAGUUUAACAUUUUCAAAAGCAAAUUACGACAGUGUUUUCUUAAUAAGACAUGUAUGUACAGGGUUAUUCUUGGAAAUAUCUCAUCAUGCUGCCAAUUUAACAUAUGAUGGAUUAAGACAAGAGUGUUAAUUUCAUUUAAGAUCCAAGAAAUCAUCAAAUGACUCAAUCUUAUUCAGUGAAGCCUAUAAAUUAUAAUCUGUUAUGAAUGUGUAGAUUGACAAUUAUGUUACAUAAGAAAAUUUGGUCUUAGUUUGUUUAGAUGACAGAGUGACCGUAUAAAGGAAGAGUUAAAAAUAAAACAUAGAAAGAGUAACAUUUCUACUGAAGUUAGCCACUCCUGAGUAAGCUAAAACUGCAUUUAGAAUUAAUUCUUUAUAAGAAUAUUUAAUUCAGUUCUAUAUAUUUUUAUAGGAUUGGGGAAUAAUUAAGACAUCAACUUAAGGGUUGGAGGAUAUUAGAACCUAUGAUUAUUUUGAAGCAUUCAAUAAUUAAAAGGUAUUAUACGAUGAAAUUUUGCAACUAUUUCAAACUUUGGAAAAUUUGAAAAUGUAUUUAACCAAUGAGGGUUUAGCAUAGACUAAUGAAUAACAGUAAUUUAAAUAGAAGGCUUUAAUGGAUAAUGACAUUAUUAAUUUACUAUUUGCAAUACAACGAUUAUGCAAUUUUAUGAUAUAUGGUAGUUUGAUCAAUAGUAAUUCAUAAAUCAUUGAUAAGACACCUUAAAAGAUUGCUAAAAUGAAACUUGAUCCUGCUCCUUCAUAAUCAUCAAAAAUGAAUUGUAUAUAAGAAAUAUACGAUGUGUUAAGUCUGUGUGUUUAAAGAAAUUCAGAUACAAGUAAUUAUAUAUUGACCUUAAUGAUGAAUAAGGAGAGUGUCUUAGACUUCUUAUUGCAACAAUUGAAAUACUAAAGAAAACACAUCUCGAACCUGAUCAAGGAAAGCGUUAGGUAUACAGAUAUGAGUGAGUCUAAGGAUAAUAUUAAAAAAUGGGUAAAUCAAUUGGAGAACUUAUCUGAAGAAAAUAUUGAAGAUUAAACUCUCUACAUUGAAAUAUUAUGUUUAAUCAUGAUAGAUCCAUAUGAGAAUCCGAAUUAACUAUGUUAGAGUGCUUGCAGAAGAUUAUUAUUUGGAACAAAAAACAAAUAAGAAUAAUAAUAUCCUUUUCAUAAAGCUUUAAUUGCCUUAGAUAUAUAAGAAGAGAAUAAUAAUUAUUAUCCUAUCGUUCAAUUUUUUCCAAAAAGAGACAAAGGAAUGUAGAUGCAAUUAGCUAAUGAAUUCGGUUAGAAUAAUUAGACCUUUUGUUAACUUUAUCUAAGAUUUAUUGAUAAAUAGGCUAGACUUACUUAGAGAUUUUAAAGCAAGAGGCCAACCUUAAUAGAUGUAGUCAUUGAUUUUUUUACUCUUGAAACACUCAAAGAAAACUAAUUAGUAAAAUAGGAAGAUGUGAAAUUAGUGGUUCCAAUAUUUUAGAAAUACGAAAACUAUUUAAUGAAUGUUAUGAGUUUAUAUUCUUCAUUGUGUAAGGGAAGGAAUUAAAAGAAUAUCAAAUGUCUAAUGAAAAACUGCUUUUUAAAUUAAAAAUUUCUAUAGAUAUGUUUAAAACGUUAAUAGAAUGUUAAGUCUGAACUUAGAUUCGAAAAAACCUUAAUUGAGUUAUUUUGCAAUUUAUUCUUAGAUAUUGAUCCAUUAAUCAAGAUUUCCUAAAAUUAUGAUCCAUUUUAUGCCAAUAAUCAAACAAAUACAAUAAAAUGUUAUUUAAGUGACGACAUUGAAUAAUUCAACAUCUAGAAUCCUUCAGGACUUUACUUUUAUGAGAAUAACGCAUCAAAGUCUUUAAAAAGAAGUGAUGAAUAUUAAAGUUUUCUUCACCAAAAAGAAACUAAGGCUGAACAUUAAUAACUUAAACUAUAUGCUGCCAAAAUGUUAUAAAGAUCGUAAGUGAAUGAUGUUCGUUUGUAUUAUUUAGAAAUGUUUACAAAAGAAGAAUAUCCUGAACAUCUCUUACAAGAGGCAAGCUAUGAUAUCUUCUAAUCUAAAAAAGCAAGUCUUAAUAAAUAAAAAUAUGAUUACUCACGCCUUGCUUAUUUAUAAUUGCAUUAUUUUUUAGGAUUGUUGACAAUAGUCAAAAACAGCAUCAAUUUGGGAUAUAAUCAAUUGGAUGAAAACUAGAGAAUAUUUUCAGUAUUUCCUAACAUAUUUGUUGCUUUAAUUAUAUAAUAGAUUCCUGAUUUGAGAAUUCAUAAAUUUUCAGAAAAUGAACCAUUCCAAUAAAACUUGAAUAACUUAAUACAAUCAGUCAAUGAUAACAUUUGGGUAGUAACAUUUCUCCCCACAGCUGAGCAAUUGUCUGAGAAAAAAAAGUCUAAACAUAAAGAUUUUAAGCGAAUGGAUCUUAAUUCAAGGCUAUACAACUAAUUUUAAAGAAAUUGGAUUCUCUAUAUGUUGAUAUGGACACAUUAACAUUGCAAUGAUGAAAUUUUAAAAACACAAGUAUAUUUGGAAUCCUUAGCCAUUUUAAAAAUAUUUGAACAAUUAAAAUUAAAUCUUUAAAUCCUAGAAUUUUUAUUUAGUUCCUCUUAAUAAAAUGAAUCAAAUCCAAGUUCUCCAAGUCAAAGAGAUCUAGAUUAAUUUGUAUAUGAUGAAGUUAUCAAUCAAGAAGUGGAGAUUAAAAAAUAAAAAACUCCUGCAUCCAAAUCCAUUUAUAGUGUUUUCAAGGAACCUGAUGGAAAUAGCAUUUGUGGAUUAUUAUUUACUUGUUUAUUAGUAUCAGGAAAGAGAACUAAAUUAAAUGAAGAAUUGUUACAAAGAAUCAUCCAAAGUUUCCAUUAACCAAAAUAUUCAAUCAAAGAAAUCAAACAGGUGGAAAUUAUUGAUAAUCCAUAAGAAUUAAGAUAUUUUUCAAUCAUUAAUGGAAAUUCUAAUAGUGUUUAAUUGAUAAGUCCAAAGGAAGCAAUCUAAUUAUCAAAGAGAGCAUUGAAAUUCAUAACAAGUUAAAAAGAAAACAAUGUAAUUCAUAAACGAGCUGUAUCUUUUGAUUAAUUAAAAGCAUACUCAUCCAAAAUAAUUGAAUAAUUUGAAAUGUUUUUUAAACCCAACUCUUAAGAUUUGUAGUAUUUGAAGUCAUUUUAAAACAUAUUAAGAAAUGCUAGUGUGCAUCUUGUAUUUUUGAAAUUUUUAGUAGAUCCUGAAACAAUAAAUUGCUCAAAUGACAUAGUUUUGUUUUAUAAAAGACUUGUUCUAAUUUUGGAAUACUUUAUAAUAGAUAACUAGAUUAACAUUUCCAUCUUAGGCGAUAAUGAGUAUUUGUUAAAAAUUCUGGAUGUUAUUUAAAUACAGUAACCAUAGGCAUAAGAUAAAUUUUAUAUUCCUAUUAAAGUUACAAAACUGGCAAUCAAACUGAUUUCUUCAAUUCCAGAAAAUCAGCAUGAUAACUUGAUUAACAAAAUAUUUGAUCGUAUUUAAAAGAUAGGAGAGCAAUUGAUGCAAAGUCAAGAAUUUUACUUAAAGGCAUACAGCAUAAGAGAUGAAGAGGAAGAGAUUAAAUACGUCCAAAGAAGUACUCAUAUAAAUGCUAUUGCUUAUUACACUUUGAUUUAGUAUUUCAAGAUUUUGAGGUCUCUAACAAAAUCCUUUGAUAAACCUGCCAAAUAGGCACCUUUGAAUAAACAUUUGAUAUUAUCUAAGAUUUUAAAAAAUAAAUUCCUAAGGAUAGUCUUAGAUCCAAUCAAUUAUUAUAAGGCUAUUCUUGUCCCAGAAUUAGAUUCUGGUGAAGAAGAAGUGUAAGAUCCCUUGCUUUAUCAUAGAAUGAAAUUACAUUCAGAAUUAAUAGUCUUGUUAACUGAAUGUUGUCAGUUUUAUAGAUUAGGAAUUUAAGAAAUGUAAAGAAUAUUAUUGUAUGAAUAAUUAAAGACCAUUUUAUUGGCUCCGACUGGAGAGUACAUUGUUAAAAGGGCUUAUUUGCAAUGCUUAUUUGAAUUAUAUAUCAAUUAAGUCAAGGAAGGGUAAUAUGCAAAUGAUACAGUUGAAAGUGAUGAAGUACGAGAUAUAUUGUCUAGAGUAAUAAUACCAGAAUUAGAUUAGAAAUAAAUCUGCAAAUAUUUGGAGGGACUAUCUAAAUUAGCUAAUCAGGAUAGAAAUAUGAAGGUUAUUCAAAAAGAUUUGAGAGACUCUAUUAAGAGGUAGAAAUUAACAUAUUUUGAGAAAAAACUGUCUUUUGAUUCAGAAUUUGUAAAAGAAUUGGGAAUAUUAAGAGAUGUAAGUGAAUAUUGGAAGUAUUUGAGAAAAAAUGGAAUAAUACAUUUUCUAGUUUACACUUAUGAUGAGAUGAAGGAUAGAACUGAUCUUGAAAAUCCAGAGAAUUCAAAUUUAUCUGAUGAAUUUGCAAUCAUUAAACAGAAUGUUUAAAAAGUUAAAGAGAUUUUUAAUGUUUUAGAGAGAGAUUUUAGAGUGAAGAAGGAAGAUUUAGAUUUGGAUGAUUAUAGAGAAUUGAUAACUUCAAUUGAAGAGAUAAUACCAUAAAGAAAAAUUACUAAAUUUGGUUAGAACUUUAGAAUAGGAUUUCAAUAAGAUAAAACAGCUAAUAAAUUAGUAUUUGAUUAGUUUGAUACUUUGAAAGAUGAUUAAACUGGAGAAAAAAAGUUGCAAGAACAAGAAAAUGUCCAGAGAAUUGAAAAUCCUUUUAGGAGAAAUUUCAAAGUGUAUCUCAUUAGAUAUAGAUUGAAUAUUAAUGAGUUUAAUGAGUAUAUAGAAAGGAAUUCAACUGAAUAAGAAAGAUCUUAGACAAUACUUCUUACCUGCAACAAUUAUAAAAAUUAUAUCUAAUAAAGUGAUAUAGAUGAAAUCUAUAGAGUGAAUGUAGAGUAAAUAAAGAGAUAAGAAUAAGUAAACAAUAGAAAUAAACCUCUAUAAGAUUGGGAUUUAUUCAAAUAAGCCAUGAGAGACUUAUUUGAAAUUAAAACUGUUUAGGUUGUAAUAAAUUAGUAAGUACAAACUUAUCAAAGAUAACAAGAAGGCUUAGAAAAUCUUAAGGAGGAGUUUUAAAUUACUUGUUGUAGAUAAAUUGGAAAAUAAUAUAAGAAAUUUGAAGGUUAAUUAGAGGGAAAUUAGGAUUUACUUUCAGAUGAUAUAUAGAUUGAAUUGUUAAUAAAGACCUUAGAAAAGCAGAACACAAACUUAUUAAAUGAGGAUAAUGUCUAAGAAUUUUUGUAGAAGUGCAUAGGAAUAUUUUUAAAUAGAGAAUUCUAUCUAAUAAAGUUAUGCAAAAUAUUUUUGUUUCUAAAAAGACCAACAUAAGAUGACAUAGAUUCACUUACAGAAGCUAAGGAUGAAAAGUCAAAAGAAUUGAUCAGAUAAAAGUAAUAGAUAUUCAUUAAAUAUCAAAAUGCUAUAGUGGACAGCGAUUUGGACAUAUUGGCUUUAGAGAUGUUGAAUGACUCUGUUGACGAUGUACAAAAGAUAGAGGCUUUGCAGUUGUUAAUUUAUUUAUUGGAUUAUGGAAAUGACUACGUAUAGAAGAAGUUUUAUAAUAUACUUAAGUAAGAUCAGGUAAUUAAAUAAAAAUUCUUUGUUUUCCUUCGAGGGUUCUUCUUGACUGAUAUUAAUUCUAGAAUUUUAGAAUUGGAAUUAUGUGAAGGCAAUAACACUGAAUAUAAAAUACUUUGUUUGAAAGUGCUAAAACUAUUGUAGGCUAUGUGCGAAAAUGUCAAUGUUGAUUUCCAGAAGUUUUUAGUUAGAUAAUAUGAUGAUGACUCAUAUCAAGCCAAUAUUAACAUUGUUAACGAAGUUGCAAGUUUAUUAGCAGAUUUAUUGGAAAAGGGAUAGAGCGUAUUUGAUAAGUUACAGGAAAUCUACAGAUAAGCCUUGGAGAGUUUAGUUGAAUUUUCUACAGGAUUUGAAGAAAACAAAAAAGAAUUAUGCAAAAACACGCGAUUGUUUACAUUACUGAAUUAGAUUUUAUAGAAAGAUGAUUUGGUUUCAUUUAGAUAGUUGCAUCAGGAAAAUAGAAAUAUUAUAAAAGAAAAUUUAUUGAAAUCAUAGAAUCAGGAAGAGGAUCUUAUUAUAGAUUUAAAUAAGAAUUAGGCAGAUGAAGAGAGAAAAUAUAAUUCAUAUCAGACACUUCAAUCAUUUAUUAAAUUAUUGUUAUUGAUUACACAAGGGAAAUUCGAUAGGCAAUGUUUGAAAUUUGUAUUAGAAACUGUAAACAUCACAAUACUGAUGAGAAUUGCAAGAUCAAUAUAUCAGGAACGUAUUAAACCAAAAUAGAGAAAUAUCAUUUUAGAUAACAUUUGUGAUGAAUCCAAAACUGGUUAACAUCAAUAUUGUACAAAUAACUUAUGCCAUUUUGGAUUAAGAACGGAUGAGGACAAUCUACUUAUUUAAACUGGAUUUAAUAUUUUCAUCAUUUGCCUAAAAUUAUCAGAACAUUUUCCAACUGACUCUUAAUUAGAAAUAUUUAGAUUUGACGAAGAAGAUGAGGAUUAAGAAGAUUUUAUCGAUUUAAGUGAUCCAUAAUAAGAGGAAUAACAAAAAAAGAAUACAUAACAUUAAUAAAAAGUUGUGCCCAUUUUUAUCAAAAGUAAGAACUCUGGAUAAGAAGAAGAAAAUGCUCUACUAAGUAAUAAUUUAAGAUAAACUCAACAAAAUGAGUUUAAAUUAAUAUAUGAUGAUAUUCAAAAUGAUGAAAAUUAUAAAUUUACUAGAAAACAACCCUUCUUUAAAUUUUAUAGGUAAUUUACAGGAAGGAUUGAAAUCUAAAAUGAAUAAUCUUAACUUGAAAAGAUAUUCUUCUAAAAACCAUUUGCUUGCAACUUUGUCACUCCUAACAUUAAACAGCAUUUAAUUUAUGAGAUCAAUCGAGAAACUGAUGAAGAUAGAAUGUAAGGAUUAAUAGAUUAAGCUGAUUUUUAUCAUGUCUAAAUGAGACAUUCCUAAUAAAUUAACAAUAGUUUUAUAAUGCAUUUUGGAGCAGUCUAUUGGAGAUUAUUAAAGGACUUAUCUUUUAUUCUAUGUUUGGUAAUUGUCAUUCUCUUGAUUUUUAUGCAUGACAUAGUGGUCAAUAGUAAAAUAGGUUCUAAUCAAGAAGCACCUGAAUCCGAAACAAAAUCUCAAGGAUAGAAUUUCGUAAGUUAUCUUAAUAAUAUUAUAACCAUCAUCUAAUUAGUAUUGAAUCUAAUCAUAGUAUUCUUUUGCGCAAUAGAAAGAUACCCAAUAUCAAUUACAUAUAAUAGAGGUGAAACUAAUGCAAAAAGAGUUCAGAUCUUAAAAAAAGAAGCUGGAUUCUCAAUAGCAUGGUUAACAAUGAAGUAUUACACUAUUAUUGGAUAUUUUGAAUCUGAAUUUUAAGGAUAGAAAGUUAAUGAAAGUACAUUAAAGAAGCUUAUUCUCGUUACAUUUUUUGAUUUUGAUAACUUUUACAAUAUUUGCAUUUUCGGAUUGACAGUGUAUGCAUUCUUUAAUCCAUAUAUUUAUGCUGUGCUACUGUUAGAUAUCAUUAAGAGAUCUGAAGAUCUUCAGAACAUCAUAAAAUCAAUCACAUCUAAUGGACGUAAUUUAGCUAUUUUCUCUUUUCUUGGCUUUAUCGGAUUAUUAAUUUAUGCUAUAAUUGCAUUCUCAAACUUUGAUUGGAUGUUUAAUGACGAGGACGGUGUUUAUGGUUAAACAUUCAUCUUAGCUGUCACAUCCACCAUAAAUUUUGGUCUACGUAGUGGUUUGGGAGAUUCAAUGAAAACAUAUCCUGAACCUUACGAAGAUCCAACUUUAUAUUGGGGAAGGUACUUUUUUGACUUCUCGUUUUUCAUUAUUUUUAAUAUUUUGUUUAUCUAAAUAAUCUUUGGUAUUAUUUUAGAUACUUUUGGUGAAUUGAGAGAUGAAAGAUAGGCUUUGGUGAAGGAAAUCGAAGGAAAAUGUUUUGUUUGCAGUCUAGAUAAAAAUGAUAUUGAUACCAAUGGCACAAGGGGAUGGCAUUAUCAUAUAUAUUUAGAACACAGUGUAUAUCAUAUGCUCUACUAUAUCAUCUAUAUAAAGAAUAAAGAUCCGAAUGAUUGUAAUGCUUUGGAGAAGUACGUGAACAAGUGUAUAGAAGGGAAGGAAACUGCUUUUUUUCCAUUUGGGAGAGCUCUAUAAAUAGAGGAUUAGAAUAAUGAGGAAGAAGAAACUGAUGAGCAAAGCGAAUCCUGA